CUUUGAUCGCCGACUAAACCGCAUUUCAUCACCGUAGCGAAUAUAUAAACACAAAAAAAUUGAUCAAAUCCACGUUUAAAAAAUAGUAAUAUCUAUAAUAAAUAUAUUUACGACUGAGACCGAGCGUCCGACGUUAGCUGACCAUAUGGACGGAGACAGCGGUAGUGUGACCGGGGACGACGGGAGGACGGAGAGCCCGAACGAGGCUGCGCUUCUAGCGCUGAUGGAGACCACGGGAUACAGCAUGGUACAGGAGAACGGACAGAGGAAGUUCGGUGGCCCGCCUCCAGGUUGGGAUGGCCCUCCUCCCCCACGAGGGUGUGAGGUGUUUGUAGGUAAGAUCCCCAGGGACAUGUAUGAGGAUGAGUUGGUGCCCGUGUUUGAGAGAGCUGGGAGAAUCUAUGAGUUCAGACUGAUGAUGGAGUUUAGUGGAGAGAACCGGGGCUACGCUUUCGUCAUGUACACUACCAGAGAGGCAGCUCAGAGAUCCAUCCAUCUCCUAGACAACCAUGAGAUCAGACCAGGGAAGUUUAUAGGAGUGUGUGUCAGUCUGGACAACUGUAGAUUGUUCAUAGGGUCUAUACCCAAAGACAAGACGAAGGAGGAAAUACUAGUGGAGAUGAGGAAGGUGACAGAAGGAGUGGUAGACGUCAUAGUUUACCCCAGCGCUACAGACAAGACUAAGAACAGAGGGUUUGCCUUCGUUGAGUACGACUCUCACAAAGCAGCUGCCAUGGCACGGAGGAAACUAAUACCAGGUACGUUUCAGCUGUGGGGCCACACUAUCCAGGUGGACUGGGCCGAACCAGAGAAGGAUGUUGACGAGGAGACCAUGCUACGUGUCAGAGUGCUCUACGUCAGAAACCUGAUGAUGACGACUACUGAAGAGACACUGCGACAGGAGUUCUCUAGAUUCAAACCUGGCACUGUGGAGAGAGUCAAGAAAUUGACAGACUAUGCGUUUGUCCACUACCACUCCCGUGAGGACGCAGUCACGGCUUUACACCUGAUGAACGGAGCGCUGAUCGACGGAGCCACGAUCGAGGUUACCCUCGCCAAGCCUGUCAGUAAAGAGGGCGGUCGGCGGUUCGGUAACCGUGGUUAUGUCGGUAACAGUAACCUUGUGGGUCCCUACGGCGAUGUGUCCUCCACCGGGAAUUUUCUCUUCCAGGGACGUGAGGAUGGAGGCAUGAUGGGAGGAGGAGGAGGAGGGAUGGAGUUAGGGACUCCUCUACGACCUCUCAGCCUGCCACAUCGCCUGGGGAGUCUCUACGUUGGAACAGGAACAGGGGAUGUGGAGAGGUGUGUGUAUCCCAUCUUCGCCGGCUCCAGUCUCUCCCCCACCAGCCUGCUGUCACUCAAACCAGGUCAGUUUAGUUCAGCGGUGACUCUGCUAGAGUACUACUGCUAUAAGAACAGCUGGGCUCUACCUGAGUACUACCUCUACUCUACACCUGGACAAGAUGGGAAGCUAAUGCUCAUAUACAAGGUCGUAAUCUCGUCGACGAGGAGUAGCUUCAUGCCAGACAAGGUGUGUACGGUGUUGGAGGACGCUAAGGAGCUGGCAGCCCAGAAUGCACUCUGGAACCUGGACUGUUCCUUCCUCAACGGUAGUUCCCCGGGUUCGCUCUCUCCUCCUCUUCCUCCCGUCUCCUACGGUUCUCUCUCUCCUCCUCCUGUCUCCAACAGCCCCGGGCUCCUCUCAUACGGCUGUACCAGAGCCUUCCCCUACCCUCUCUCUCCCACCACCCCACAGAGACUCUAUAUCCCUCCUAACCAGAACCCUGCCUUCUUCUGAUCAUCCCACCAUCAUCACUCGCUGUGUGAGAGGAGGGAACACAGGGAUGGCGGAGGGAGGUGGAGGUGAACAACAUCUACCGUGUGCCUAGUUUGUUACUGAGCCAUUUUACCUUUGUGUUGGAUGUUUGGUUGGUUUAGUUUUUUGGGUUGUUUGGUUUUAAAAAGACGGCCAUUCUGUAAUUCAUAUGUUAAGUUGACUCAGGAAGGGCUGCAUUCAUUCUACUCACAGUGUUACUCUAUGUGGCAAAGGUACAUGCUAAGUGGGAUCCUCCGGACGUCUAACUCUGACGUCACCCCGUUUGAAGUUGACAUUUAAAAGUGUUACGGUAAGGGUUAAGAAGAGGGUUAAGUUUAGGGUUACGGUAAGGGUAGGAGUUAAGGUACGGGUAGGGUUUUUAGGGUAGGGUUGACCCAAGGAUCCCCCAUAGCAUCUACCCAAACCCCAUAGGUAAGGUAAACAAGGGAAUUAUAGAUCAAACUGAAGAAAAACUUCAUUUACUUUAGCGCUUAUUUUAUAUCUUGGCAAUAAUGAUACUUGAAUAGUAUUGACUUUUGACCAUAUGUAUUUAUAAAACAUGAUUUAAAUAUUUUAGUGCCUUUUUUGAUUUUUGUAUUUAAAUGUGUAAUUUUUAUGUCAUCCACCUAUUAUCUUUUAUGGCAGUAUAUUUAGGUCCUAUUGUAUCGUAUAAUAUUCAAAUAUCAAACAAUGUCAAAAUUCUGUACUGAAAAAAAAAAUCUACUUCUAUUUUGUUAUUCAAUGAAUAAUUUAUUUAUUAGCAGCUGGUGAUUUUGAACAACAAAGUGAAAUCAAGUGAGCCGAUGUGUAAAGACAAAACCAAAAUGGUUCCAUAAUAUAUUUAUUGAGAUUUAAAUAUUGAAUAUUAUUAUUAUUAUUAUUAUUAACAUUAUAAGACAUAGCGAUCAUCAACAAGACAGCGUUGCCUCUCCUCCUAAAUAUUCACUUUUCAUUUUGUUAAUUUUUUUUGAUGUCAUUUACAGUUUUUGUCACAAAAAAAAGUUAUUUAAAGGGAUACUGUGGGAUUUAAAGGGAUACUGUGAGAUUUAAAGGGAUACUGUGGGA